AACAGCGGCGGCUGCGCUGCCCCGGCCCCGCUCCGAGCGCCACAAACCGGCCCGAGCAGGGGACAGCGCUGGGGGACACCGCUGGGGUCAAAGACACCAUCCUGACAUACAGCAUCAACAACUAAAAGUCUCUCUUCCAAACUUGAAAUGGAAACUCACCUCGUGUCAGAAAGCACAAAAGAGGACGAAAAAAAGCCAAUGAAAAAUCCAUUUAAGCUCCCAACAGACACUGAACUUUUCUCAAUGAGAGACAAGGAAAUUAAGAAGGCACAGGAGGAACGUGAAAAGAGGAAGACCAUGAAAGUCCAUGAGAAAACUACUUACUCCACUAAAAUGAAGGCAAAAAGUGGGUUGAGAAAAGCUUUGAAAAGGGAGGAAGAAGAGGAGAGCAGAAAAGAGGCGACCAGUGAAGAGAGACUGAAAUACCUGCAGGAGAUGCUUUCGCGGAAGUUGGCCAUGAAAAAAGAUUAUAAAUUCGACAGGGAGACUUUCCAUGGCUACCUACAGGACAGAAAACAGAUCUUUUUUCUUGAGCACACCAUUGCAGUGAAGAGAGGGGAGAUUGAAAAGAUGGAGAACAUAACAAAGGAUGAGGAAAGAAAGCUGGAAAAGGCUGAGAGAAGGAUGGAGAAGGAUGCUGCCAUGUUUGAUGCCUUCCUGAAGGAGAACCACAAUAACUCUGUUGAAGCACUGAGAAAAGCCAAAAGAGAAACCUCAGCAAAGACGAAGAAAAUAACAGAGAUCCAGGGACUCACAACUGAAAUAAAGAAAAUCCAAAGUGACAUCUCCAGAUUUGAGGACACCCUGCAGGAGUACAAGAUGUACAGGGACAUCCUCUACCAGCUAUCUCCAAAAGAGUGGCAGGAGGAGCACAGAAAAAGGCACAAAAAGGAAAAGGAUAAGGAAAGAGAACCCAGGAAUGAAGGAAGGGCUUCACCUCCCUCCAGCACAGAGCAGGAGCAGGGUCCCAGUGGCCACAGUGUCACUUUCACGGAUAUUCCGAGCUCCCUGCUGUUCUCAGAGAGUUUGGAUUUCAGGGCACGCGAUCUCAGGCCACAGCUUAAACACUUCCUGCAGCCUCUUCUGUCAAGAGACCUAAGUUCACUGGAGGAUGCAGAGAGUGAAGUCAGCUCGGACGAAGAUGAGGAGCCUGAGCUCUACUUCACUGAUCCUGAACAAUUGCUUAAUACUUUCAUGGAGAUGCUGGAUGAGAACUUAUCCUUUGUCCUGAACUCCCAGGAUAUUGCAGAGAGCUGGAACAAGGUCCAGCAGACUUUCAUCAGCACACGUGAAAGCAUGGAGAAGGAGCUGGCAGUGCUAAAAGAGCAGGUGAACACCCUGCGAGCCUCCGUGGCCAAGGAAGAGGAGAAAGUGGCCGAGCUGAAGCUCAAAGUUCAGCUCUUUUCCCCUGCAGGACACGAAGGUGAUGACCAGGACAAAGUGCUCACAAGCCUGAACAAGAAGGUGCAGGAAGUUUAUUUCCAGUGCACUGGAGACAAUGAGGCAAACCUGCCAACAGUAGAGAUGUUAAAGGUCAUAGAAAAACAGCUUAUUGAUUUACUGGACAGCGUGGAGAGAAUCCCAGCAGCAAAGAUAGAAAAGGCUGUGAAAGACAUAAGAAGGGAACAGAGGGCAAGGCUCAGAGAGGAAAAGCAGAAACAAGCAAGGCAUCAGCAGGAUGAAGGAUUGAAAAGGGAUAUGGAAAAAUCACAGGUAUCUGAUGAAAAUAAGGUAAGUGCAGGGGUUUGUGGAAAUACCUCACUUCACAGCUCACUUUGGAGAAGCUGGGGGUACCUGAAUAUCAAGUAUUUAAGGGAAAAGUAUUCUUAAGGGGCCUCCACAGCUGUGUGGGGAUGGCACCUACAGCCAGGUGUAGUUUGCAGGAUUUACCCAAUUUGCAGGAGUGAUGUAACUUAGGCCACUGCUGGGAAGUCAGUCACAGUGCACAUGAUUCCAGCUCAGGGUCCUUCCAUCAUCCUUCUCCCAACCACAUGACCCUCUCCACUACUUGCCAGUUCUCAGUAAGCUCAUUUCAACUCAUGACCUUGGUUCUAUUAAACCAAGCAUGAAAAUUGGCAAAUGAGGAACUGGGCAGCAGCAGGACACUCCUGAUGACAGUAGCAAGGCCCUAGAUCAGCUCAGCCACAUCAAACCACAUCUCUUCUGACAUGUUCCACAUCCUGCCACACUCAGCUCUGGCCCCUUGAGAGGCUCAUGCAGAGCUCCUGCCAUGGCUGCUGCUGCACCUUCCCCAGGUCAGCACAGCCAUGAGGAGACCCUGGUUCUGUCACAGUGACAGCACAGGUGACUUGGGAGCAGGGGCCAGGAGUCCCUGCCCCUUUAGCCAAGAGAAAAUUUCUUUGGAUUUCCAACUUCCCAUCCUCUUCCUGACACAGGAAUAAUGAGGCUUUAGUCAGAAAGCAGUUGUAGGUACAGCAGUGAGUUGCAGAAGCUGAAGCAGGAGCACACACACAGCCUUCAGGUGCUUCACAUUCACCUCCCAAUACAGCAAGGUCACUCUGCAGACAGCCUGCAGCUGCCUGGGGCACAGGGCAGGGCCCACAGUAGCUUCAGUGCCUGCUCAGACACCAAGCACUGAUCAGUGCCUCUUCCUCCUCUGCAGAACAAGAAAGUGGCCUUCCCUUCCAACCCAUCUGCCAGGAAGAACAGCCAAGGAAAUAGAUAAGAAGGAAGAACAAUUGUAUUA